AUGAUCACGUUGUUAACGCUGUUAUUCACAGUCUAUUCGACGUUCGGUUACAAAAUGGCUAUAUUCGUUCUGGAUCUGUCUAAUAGUCAGUUGCUUUUCAAUGAACGCGUUGCCGAGACGUUGGCAGAAGCUGGCCAUGACGUGACGUUGGUGAUGAUUAUUUCACAGUCUGAUCGUGACAACAGCGAUAUCAAAAUAAAGAGUAAUGUAAAACUUCAUGUAGUUAAUGCUCCAAUUAACUUCACCAGAAAAGAGAUGGAAAAACGACAAGAGGAACUCACAUUUAAGCCAUCUACUUACAAUAUGGUGUCAAGAUUAUCCGCCCAAACCUCCAUGAUCGUGGACACGUGUAGAGCAACACUGGAGAAUAAACAGCUGCUUCGAUGGUUGAAGGAACAACAUUUUGACUUGGCGUUCGCUCAUAUGUUUGAUGUGUGUACUGUCGGAUUGGUUCAUGCAGCUGAAAUUCCCAGCUGGAUUUGGCUGAACAGUGGUCCAGUGAUCGACUAUGUCGCCUAUCUCAUCGGAUUACCAAUCAUACCAAGUUAUACACCGCCUAUAAUGAUGGCAGCCGUGGGAGAGAUGAACUUCCUGCAAAGAGUUAAGAGUCUAAUCGGACAUGGAAUGAUGAAGCUUUUCUGGAGAAGGCUCAUUGCCGAUCCUGAGACUCAGCUUUUCCGCACCCAUAUCUCUCCUGAGUUCCCGGAUCUCAUGGAUUUAGCUGCAAAAUGUCCACUGGUUAUGGCGAAUACCAAUGAACUUUACGAUAUGCCAAGACCAACGCUCGCCAAGGUGGUGAACAUCGGAGGAGUCGGAGUGGAAAUUAAGGAUCAGAAGCCUCUUCCCAAUCAUAUAGCAGAAAUAGUUGACAGUGGAGAUGGUACCAUAUUUUUCUCCUUCGGCUCUGUCGUUGCCUCAUAUAAAAUGCCUCUCGAGUGGAAAAAGAUCUUUCUGGAUACUUUCAGAAGGUUUCCAAAGUAUCAAUUCUUGUGGAGAUACGAAGAAGAUGACAUUAAAGAUAUGUUGCCGACAAAUGUUCACCUCUUCAAGUGGUUGCCACAAGUCGAUCUCCUCCGUCACCCAAGAACAAAAGCUUUUAUCACGCAUGCAGGAUACAAUAGUUUCCAGGAAGCAAUACUCACCGGUGUGCCUCUCAUCGCCAUUCCGCUGGUUGGUGAUCAGCCAAAAAAUGCCGCUUCAGCUGAACACCUUGGCAUCGGCGUUGUUCUCAACAAGGGCGAGCUGUCUGUGAGUGUCGUAUCCAGGGCUAUCGAAGAAGUCAUCACGAAUACAAGGUACAAAAAGGAAGCGAGAAGGCUUUCAAGGAUGGUGGGCAACAAGCCUGUCACUCCCACUCAGCUUCUUGUGAAGUGGUCCGAGUUCAAACGUGUCAUGUACAACGCCUCUGAUGAUGAUAUAAGGAAGAAUGCAGCUGUUAUGUGUAAUAUCUAUAUUUACUUAGGUUUCAUUUCGGCUGUUUGCAACAUUGUCAACAUAAUAACAAUGAUGUCAAACACCGGUCUGAGGGAGAGAUGUACCUACCUUAUUGCCUUCAACAUCUGCGAAUUGUUCAAUGGUGAGCUUAUAAUUGGUGGAAGCUAA